CUGUCAGUCAUGGCGUCACUUCCUGCGGGUGUGAUCGCCGUGGCUCUGCUUUGUAUGGAAGUGGUGGGGGACUUUUGACAGCGGCAGCGCUGUGGGGAAACAAACAAGGACGCGGUCGGCGGGUCGGCGGCUCUUCUUCACCCUCCUGCUCCUCGCUCCUCUCUCGAUCUGGCACCGAAGACUCCCGGGGACAUGGCGGCUUCGGAUCGGGCUGUUUAUGGGAAGUCUGAUGAUUGAAAGUGGCGGCCGCCUGCUCCGCCACCGCAAUGGUCGACAUGGAGAGCCACUACCAUCCCCCUUCUCCCCUGGAGGACUCGGUGCUGGGCAGCCCCCUGUGCACUGAUGACGACUUCAUGGAAGGCAUGGAGGAGCUCCAGGACAUCUCCCAGUCCAUUGACAAUGAUGCCCUCAGCUCCUUCGAUGUCCCUGAAUACCAGUCCUCCAGCAAUGGCUCGGAAGGGUCCACUGUCCUAGAUGCCCUGACGCCGGCGUCCAGCCCCUCGUCGGUUGUUUACGGGAUGUCAGUGGGCCAAGAGGAGUUCUCGUCUACCUCCUCAUCGCUCAGUCUGGAGUGUCGAGUGUGUGCUGACCGUGCCUCGGGCUACCACUACGGCGUCCACGCCUGCGAGGGCUGCAAGGGUUUUUUCCGGCGGACCAUCCGUCUGAAGCUGGAGUACGACAAGUGUGAGCGCCGCUGCAAGAUCCAAAAGAAGAACCGCAACAAGUGCCAAUACUGCCGCUUCCAGAAGUGCCUGUCAGUGGGCAUGUCCCACAAUGCCAUCCGUUUUGGUCGGAUGCCUCAGUCGGAGAAGCUGAAGCUGAAGGCGGAGAUGGUGACGGGGGACAGAGAGGUGGGAGACCCUCAGGUCGCUGACCAGAAGACGCUGGCCAGGCAGAUUUACGAGGCCUACCUCAAGAACUUCAACAUGAACAAGGCCAAGGCUCGAACCAUUCUCACCGGAAAGACCAGCACCCCUCCGUUCGUCAUCCAUGACAUGGAGACCCUCCAGCUGGCAGAGCAGACGCUGAUGGCCAAGAUGGUCGGCUCUGUGGGAUCGGUAAAGGACAGGGAGGCAGAGGUUCGGAUUUUCCACUGCUGCCAGUGCACAUCGGUGGAGACCGUCACGGAGCUCACAGAGUUUGCAAAGUCCGUCCCCGGGUUCUCGAGCUUGGACCUCAACGAUCAGGUGACUCUUUUGAAAUACGGAGUGCACGAGUCUCUCUUCGCCAUGCUGGCCUCCAGCAUGAACAAGGACGGCCUCCUGGUGGCGUAUGGCUCAGGCUUCAUCACGCGGGAAUUCCUCAAGAGCCUGCGGCGACCGUUCAGCGACAUGAUGGAGCCAAAGUUCCAGUUUGCCAUGAAGUUCAACGCGUUGGAGCUGGACGACAGUGACCUGGCUCUGUUUGUGGCUGCUAUCAUCUGCUGUGGAGACCGACCGGGCCUGGUGAACGUGGAGCACAUCGAGCAGAUGCAGGAAAGCAUCGUGCAGGUGCUGCAGCUCCACCUGCUGUCCAAUCACCCGGAUGACACUUUCCUCUUCCCCAGGCUGCUGCAGAAACUCGCCGACCUCCGGCAGCUCGUCACUGAGCACGCACAGCUAGUGCAGGAGAUCAAAAAGACAGAGGACACGUCGCUGCACCCGCUCCUGCAGGAGAUCUACAGAGACAUGUACUGAAGUUUGUGGAGGAGUAAUCCAGGAGAGGCACUUUGCAAACCAUUUCCUUUUUUUUUUUUUCAGGGACAGAAGAAGAUGUCCUCCAUAAGCUAGGGUUGAACCACUUACACCUUCCUAAUGCAGCAGGAGUUAGUUUUGGUCAGCGCAAGAGCUCCUGUCCAGGUCCAAGUGAGAAGUCUUGAAUUCUCUUGGUCUGGCCCAUUGCUCUCCACUCCCAGGCAGAACAGUUGUGAUGUCCAGCUGAUCGAGCCCCUGUCUAGACACCGGUGUAUUCAACCUCUGACCAAAACGCUAAACUAAAAUCUUUAACGAGAUCUCCAUGGUCAUAUCCCCACCCUGAACCGUAAGAGAUGACCACAGGUGAACUUGAUCGCAGGUGUCUGGUAUGUUUGAAAGUAGAUUUAGAUUCUGAUGUCAAAGAGCCAUACACCUUCACAGUGAACAGCACCCAGAUGACACCUGUGGCAGCAGCAACAUUAAAACCGACAUGAGACAGUUUUCAGUCAAGGCAGCUUCUGAGAGAUUUACUACAAGGUAUUAUGGUCAUAUACAGAGAGAUUUCAAGAGUAAUGUCAUGGUAAUACAAGAAUACAUUUGUGACUGAGAAAAAAGAACUCAGUAUUAGGAGAAUAAAGAAGUCAUGAUUUAGGGGAAAUAAGCAGCAAAGAGAAGCCGCCCUCGCUGUAGUUCCACGAAACCUCUUUGAAUAUGAUGCAGAUGUAAUAAACGAUAACCGCUCUCGACCACUACCAAAGGUUUCCUCCUCCACGAAAAGAAGCAGCUUCCUCCAUGUCCGUCUGGUUCUUUCUUCAGAAUAUAAACAAUGACGUGCUCAACACCAAGUCCUGAUACUUAUGGUAAUGUGGUUCUGAUGAGCCAAAAUAACUUAUUUUUAUUUGUAAAACUAUUUUAGUGCAGGUUAUUCGUCUGAUGACCCUUCUUGGGUGACACAGCCUAAAAUUAUGACUUCAUUCUCAUAAUAUUAUGACUCUAUUCUCGAAAUCUCAGACUUUUUAUUUUCUUUAAGUGGCCCUCAUAAUGCUUUGAACAGAUUAGCUACUGGUGAAUGAUGGUUAUCCAAUCACAAGCCCUCCAGCAAGUUUUAUAGCCAUAGACACAACUGUCAAGAGGCUUCUGAAACUAAACAUGUAUUAGUACUUUAAGUCCUCGAAGCCAUACUUUGUUUAAAACGAUGGUGGAAAUGAUCCUCGUUCUUUGUAUUGUUUUCUCCUUGUAACAAAACAGCCUCUCGACUCAGUACGGAUUAUCCUCAUUUACACUUCGAUUCCACAAACUGAUCACGCAAUAGUACUUUUAAACAUCAGAAUAAAGAAGAGGAAUCUUACAAGUUUAUGAAGGGAAAGGGUUUUGCAGACUGACAUUUUGCAGAUUCACUGUGCACAAGUACCAUGGUGCAAAUCUGAAGCACAAACACACCGUCGAUGUGUCAAUGUAAUAUGUUUUACUGGACCUCUGUUCCCUGCCUGUUUGGCAAAACACACACACAGACGUUUGGCACUCCAUCCUGUUCUGUGUCCUGGUAUUCAAGGGCUAACACCGAGAUCAACCGCAUUACAACCUUAAUACUGGCAGGGCGGAUUUCCAGAGAAUUAAUUCAUCUGUUUCUUAAUUUCUCAUUUGUUAAAGUCCCGUUCAACAAAAUUCCAUCUCAAUAGUAUUAUUUUUUGUCUCACUCCUCGCUCUACUUCUACUGUGUUUGACUGGCUGUGUUUGGUCCUCAUAAUGUGCGGUUGAUUGAGAUUCGAAGGGGUCAUCUAUGUGCAUGUCUUUUACCUGAUGGCAAAUGCAAAGCGUUCUUCUUAAGAGAAGAAUGAUAGUAUGCUGAAGUUUUUCCAUCAUCAGAAAAGAGUUAUUUUUGGGUGAGAAAUGUUCUGUGUUGGUCAUUUACGGCAAACAGUCAAACCAAAAGACAAACAUGUGGCCAUCUGCUCUUAUUCGACUCAGAGAGCGUAAGAUGAAGCCAGUCAGACAACAUGGGUUAUUUUUCAGAAUAAGACAAGUAAAAAGACUGUACUGUAAAGAUGGAUGGACCAAAUACAUUUCCAUAUGGUAUCAUUUAGAUGUUUUCUUUGUGUCCUCCAUCUGUUCUGAUGAACUGUGCAUUUGAAAAGGCCACUCCUCUAUGUUGUCAUGUCGCAUUUUGUGAAAAAAAAAAAGUUAAUAAGUAGAAAAUGCUCUAGAGAUGACUUUCACUAAAGGAAUGUUGAUGGUGGAAACAUGCAUGUGUAAUAGUUUGGAUAAUAUAGAGUAUAUGUGGACCUGUGAGCGAAUGCUCUCCCCUCCUCCUCAUCUGCUUCUCAUCCAAAAUCUCCUUAUAUCACCAUGAAUUGAUUUGAAAUUCAGUCACGAGGAACAGACCUUGUUUAUAAUCGCAGUGAACUGUAAAUAGCUGAAACGAUCACGCCGACCCCUCGCCCUCAGCUUUUUAACCCUUGCGGUAUACAAGGUACUAAUGAUGAUCAACUUUUGUAUCCCUCAGUUAGGUAUAAAUACUUUUAAAUGUUUUUAAAAAAUUUACUAUAAGUGUAGUCACGUACUGUAUUGUUUAUUCGCUUAAAAUGCCACAUUAAUUGUGUUUUUUCGAUGAUUGAAUUGGAAUCAUAUUUUUAUACUAAAGUUAAAAUGUACUGUAAAUGUCUAAAUCAGAUUAUUGUUUAUUUGAGACGGCACGGUUUGAAGCGUGCGGUGUAAAUAGAUUUUUCGGGUGAUAGGGCGACUGGUAAUCUGAAUACCCACAGAUCUGAAUCCCAUCGGGGGACAUUCCUAUUAAUUAAUCGUUGAUUUCUAGAAAAAUGCAUUCAGUUCAUUUCAGCUGCACUUCAUUUAUCUGUUCAAUUUAGCGCUUAUGAGAGAAAGUGAAAGCACACAGGGAUGUGCACGGCCACAUGAGCUCACGACUGAUUAAAACUUGACCUCUGAAUAAGACAUUUACCUUUUGAAAGGUCAUAAUACAACUUCCGCACUGAUCACAAAAUACUAGUCUCCUCCUUUUAUACUCAGGUUGCAUUAAAAUACAAAUGGGGCGUUUGAGAUAUGCACAGAAUUUCAUUGUUGUUAUCAGAAAUUCUCCAUAGUUGCCUCUUUAUAUUUAACAAACCUGUAUUUUGUGCUCACGCAUCUCUGUUGGUCAAACAGAGGAAGUGAAGGCACUCACAGUUUGCCAUCACAUGUUAUUACAAUGACGACGAUGCAGUAAUGAAAAUGCAGUAUAUUGUUGUUUUAUAAUUCUCCUUUUGCCACACGUUUUUUUUUUCUUUUUCUGACACUUCUCUCAUAACACGCUGCUAUAAUGUAUGAACUCGCGUUAACACUUCUUAAGCCAUGAGUAGAUUAAAGACACUUCAAAGUCCCUCUUACUUUACAUAUAUAUAUAUAUAUAUAUAUAUAUUUUCUCAGAAUGUCAGUCCCACAUGCAGAUUUCAUCGAAUGCAGCUUGGUUUAUAACUCCCCUCGCACACUCCAGCGGAUUUGGGAAUGUACUUGGGGAUUAACCACAAUCAACCUGUGCCUUAACGCGUAUGCCCCGUGCCAUACAACACUAGAGAUUCAGAAAACAAACACAAAAAGACUUGACUCGUGCACACACACACUUUUAGAAAACUGUUUGUAAACUGUUGCGAUUCAGCGACAUAGUACGGUGGGGGCCACACAUACAGGAAAUUAUGUCAUGGCAGAUUUUAAGAGAAUAUCCUCCGAGGUGAAAUCGAAGCUCAAAAGUGAAACUGAAGCUUUGUUUUACAGUAACAAUGAAGGAUUUACUUUAACGAAUGCUCAGACUUACAGAGGUAAAAGGUUUAAACCCAUAAUGGUUGAAACACUAGAGCCUGGCCCUUGUGGAGAGGUUGUGUAAAUGUGUGAUGUCUUCUUACCCUUAGGAAUGUCUGUUUUGUUUUGAAAUGACAAGGGAAGGUUUUUUUUUUGUUUUUUUUUAGAUUGUAUCAGGGAAACCUAGUCUUCCUUUGUUGAACUAGCUCAGGACAUAAAAAAGGUACUGUUCUUCCUUCUCUAGCUCUCUCGCUUAUUCUCUCUGAGAUAAGUUUCUAGUGCUCUGCCUUACAGCACAAACACCCACAAUAGUGAUUAAUUUGACUUUAUUUUUAUAUCUCCAAAACAGACCGAAAAUAGGGGCAGAAGUCAUAAGAAUUAGAUGUUUGAUUUGAUUUUUCGAUUUUUCCCAAAUUUAUUGGAGUUUGUUUUUGUGGCUAUAGUGUCAUGCAAAGAGAAAACGGAGACUGUCUAUGGAUGUGUUGUUAAUGUGUACUGUGGCUUGGUAACAAUACUGUAAAUGUUUGAUGAAUGUAUAUCUAGUCAUUUAAACAAUGAAACAAGUUGUCAUUGACCGGGUGUCAAAAUAAAAUGAUUUGGAAAUUCA